AGAUCAACAUUUAAUCUCUGAGUCCUAGCUAAAGCUCUCAAGGUUUGGCGUAAAAAAAUAUAUAUAACGACAAAAUUUUAGUAGUAAAUGAAAACUAAGAGUGGUCCAAUCCGAUCCUAUCGCAAAUGCGCAAGAAGGCGUUGCAGGGGCACCGCUCCGCUGGCCGGGAAAACGAUCCACCACAGUUCAGAAGGCGGGGCUGUCAGGACUACCGCUCCCAACGGGCGGAGACGUAUCCCUCGAUCCCAACAGGAAAGCCACAUUGCGACCCCAACAAGAACGAGGCAACCACACGGUUAGCCAGCAACCUCGCGGCCGAUGGCAGUGGGCGACCCUUCGACAUGGUCAAAGACAACGUGCUGCUCGCUUGGCAGCAGAGUCCUCACAAGGACACGUUGGGCUUCUAUGGCGUAGGGUCGCCCACCCAUCAGCCCGAGUCGGUGGUGUUUAACCAGGUGGUUGCCGCCUGCUUGGUCAAGGUCAACGGUGGCGGCACUCAGCGGAGGGUCUCUAAGCGGGCUAAGAAGUCCUCCCCAAGGGACAUGCUGGCGGAAAAGAACCAUAUCCCUCAGACUUGCAAACCCUUUAUCUUGAACCGCCAGGCAUUGCAGUCGGAUCUACAGCAGAUUCCCCACGUUCAACAGCAGCUGGAUCCCCGAAAAGCAUUCGAGGUGUUAUACUGCACUGAUUCUUCUCAGGUUACUCGCGAUUCCACCAGAGUGGCACGCCAUCUGUACACUGGCAUUUCCAGGGAUCAAGUUUUCGACAUGGAGCCUGCGAGGCGAAAAGAUCCACGUGGUCUGCGUCGACGCCAUUGGUACUGCCCGCCGGAUUGCUUAGAGCCGCUCCAUGGGUGCACUCAGCACGAGUGGGCCAAGAACAAGUUGGAUCCUCACCCCCUAAACAAAGAGUUUCGGAAUUGUCCGCAAGAAAAAAAGGAGCACAAGAGUCCGGAACCAAUAAACUACGACCAGCUGUACAGUAGAAUCCUUAAGUGCUUUGAGCAAAAACAUUGUCCAGAUCCCCUUAGCGAGCCUUAUGAGAAAUGCUGCAAGCCAAAAAGGGUUCAAAUACCCAGAGGGGAUCUAGGUGAUCCAACAGGGGAAGAAAAGCGCGACACAGGAGAGGAAGGUAAAGAUAAAGUAACUGGAGUGCGAGACGAAGGAACCGUAGAUAAAGAAGAUGGCAAGGAUAAAACAAAAGUUACAAAUAAGAAAAGCAAUAAUGAUGGUAAUAGGAACAUAGAUAUAAAUACAGAAGAGUAUAUAUAUACUGAAAAGGAAAGAGACAAGGAUAUAGUUAACGAAAAUGCCAAAGAGAGGGAUAAAAAAAGGCAUCAAGAAACAGAUAAAAGGAAAGAAAAGGUGAAGAAGAACAAAAAAGAAAUAUAUAAAGAAAGGGAAAAGAAAAGAGGAAAAGAAAAUAAAACGGAAUGGGAAAGGGAAAGGGAAAGGGAAAAAGAAAAUGAAAGAGAAAAGAAAAAAGAAAAGGAGAGCGAAAGGGAAAUGGAAAAAGAAAGAGAAGUAAAAAGAGAACAAGAUAAGGAAAAGCGAAAGGAAAAAGAAGAAAAGAAAAAAAAAGAAAAGGAAAAAGAAAAAGAAAGGAAACGGGAAAGAGAACAGAGAGAACACGAGAAGGAAAAAGACAAAGAAAUAGAAAAGGAAAAACAACGUGAUAAAGAAAUGAUAAAGGAAAUAGAUAGAGAAAUAGAAAAUAGAAAACGAAGAGAAAAAGAAAGAGAGAAGGAAAAGGAUAUGAAAAGAGAACAUGAAAACGAAAGAGAAAUAGAAAAAGAAGAAGAAAAGGAAGAAAAAGCAAAGGAAACAGAAAAAGAAAUAGAAAAAGGAAAGGAAAAGGGAAAUAGAAAGGAAAAAGAAAAGGAAAAAGGGAAAGAGAAAGAGAAAGGAAAAGAAGUUAACAUAGAAUAUGAAAAAGAUGACCCUGAUAAGUAUAAAAAUCCAAACAAAAAAAAGAACAUUAAAAUAAGCGAAGACAUUAAAAACGAAGAAGAUAAAGUCUUAGAAAACAAGGAGGAGAAUAAUAAACCGAAACGUAAUGAGCCAGAAGAGCCCCCGCGAUUCUCCGAAAUGGAAAGACGUAAAACGCAACCGGAAAUCCCUUCGGAGGGGGAGCACGAAAGACCUAGCAAAAGAGGAACUUCGGUGGACGAAUACGAGUUUCCAGCUUUAGAAAUCGUCAAGAACGAGCCAGUGGUUCCGACUUGUAAGCUGAUGGUUCCGCCCAAAAGAAAAAAAGGGAACAGGGAGAAGAACGUUUGCAAGGAUACGCCCAAGAAAACCUGCCCACCUUGUCCACCGGCAGGUUGCCAGUGCGAGAUCUGUAACUUCAUGGAUCGCCCGUAUACCGAACGGGAGGCUCCCUUCAUGCGCGAAAUGAGGCGUGCGGAGCAGAGGCGCCAGCUACGUACCUACUACCGCCAAAUGUGCCAUCCGGAAUUGAUCCGCGAUCGACGUAGGCCGGAGUACCGGGCGCCCAACCACCAAUGCGAUCCGAUCUGCUGCUCAAACUUCUUGUGCCAAAAUCCCCGACUCGCCGAGCACUGCGAUUGCCUAGGAGCCGUGCAGGAGCUGCAGAAUCUUCUCUCCGACGCCAAGGACAACGAGGACCACAGCAGGCUGCUCCUGCGCGUCGAGAAUCUUCGGAAACAAGUCUGCCAGCGAAUGUGCGAUUGCAUUCUGGCGUGAACUGGAUCGGAGGGCAUUCGAGUUAUUGAAUGUACAUUUGUUGUUUUUGAGAAAGUACCAAUGUAUGUAUGUAAUAUGAGUAAUAUCUGAGUAUUUGUUUUAGGUUAAACCAGACAUGUAAAUUUAAU